AAAUCACGCGAGAUUUAAACGCUAAGUCAUAGUCGUUUAUUACCUCGAGGGCGAAAAGACCUGGACGCCACUUUGCUGUUCUCUCAUUGGCUCAGAUUAAUGACAUCACAGUCUAUAAAACGUUUAAAAUCUCGGUAUAUAUCUGUGAAUUCUAGACCUUCUUGGUGCAGGAGAACACAAGCAAACCAGCACGCCGUCACCUUUUUCGUUGUACUUCUUGUAUUAGCUCAACAUGAAUCCAGAGGUGUAUCCUCUACUGGUGAUUGUAACACUGUUAGCCUUUAUUCCAAAAGAGACAACGGGAGCUAUGCAUGAGAAGGAUGAAUUCCGUAUUUACGACCGCAGCUUCAAGGCGUCUAACUCUCAAAUGGUCAGAAUGCUAGCGAGGGCAAAUCUCGAGGCACGUGGCUUCACAAAAGUGCUCACAAGUCACGUGAUAUCUAACCGCGACACAAAGAGCACCGAGCUACGCCAGGACGUUCAUUUCACGAAAGAUGUCCCUUGUUCACAGCUCUCUGCCGUCGAAAGGGAAGUUAGAAGUCUACUUCCAGGGGUCUGGGACGAGGGUGUUACGUCAAAAGUCCAUAAAAUUGUCCGCGAAAAGUCUUUGAAAAGUGAGCAGAUAUGCAAAGCAGGUAUAGAGAUUCACUUUCCAAGAGCAGGGUGCGGAUCGCUGGCCGGAAAUCCAGAAAAUGCGCGGGGAGAUUUGGCGGAAGAUAAGAGGCGCGAGUCACGCUUGUAUACGCGAGACAGCAAAUGUCCGGCUUGGUGCCUUGUAUGUUUCAUGGCGACUUCUGAAAUUUAGGGGGGGGGAAACACUAAAUGGAAAUAUGAGCAAUAAAUCUGUUGUAUAUUGAGAAAGGAAACUCUUAUUAACCUCUGACAUGUAAUUCAGCGCGUGCUAACAAAAGAGUUAAAGCAGUGAGGAAAACAAUUGUUGAAGUUGCCGUUUGUUGAAAUGAUUACAGAAACCUUAUUUUGAGUAAGCGGGGAGUUUGGUAAAUUUGGCAAGUCUGGGGUUUUCUGUAUUAAAUAUUACAAAAAUGCCUGAAUAAUGUUUUAAACAACGACAAAUAAAAAUUACAAAUGUAUUUUCCUGUUAUAUUAUAUUAAGAGAAAUAAACUUAUUUUUUUCCAUAA